AUGGUGCCAAAAAGCAGUUUGGGUGCCGGCAGCUGGGGAUCCAGCUCUUGUUCUAGAACCAUUUAUGAAUCUCCCAGGACAAGCCGUGUACAACGUUCAACGGGGCCUAAAAAGCCACCAAAACCGUUUCAGUGUGACUAUGGAGGACCACCGCCAUCUGUUCAGCGUGACUAUGGAGGACCACCACCAUCUGUUCAGCGUGACUAUGGAGGACCACCACCAUCUGUUCAGCGUGACUAUGGAGGACCACCACCAUCUGUUCAGCGUGACUAUGGAGGACGACUACCAUCUGUUCAGCGUGACUAUGGAGGACCACCAACAUCUGUUCAGCGUGACUAUGAAGGACCACCACCAUCUGUUCAGCGUGACUAUGAAGGACCACCACCAUCUGUUCAGCGUGACUAUGAAGGACCACCACCAUCUGUUCAGCGUGACUAUGGAGGACCCCCACCAUCUGUUCAGCGUGACUAUGGAGGACCACCACCAUCCGUUCAGCGUGACUAUGGACGACCACCAGCAUCCGUUCAGCGUGACUAUGGAGGACUACCACCAUCUGUUCAGCGUGACUAUGGAGGACCACCAGCAUCUGUUCAGCGUGACUAUGGAGGACCACCACCAUCUGUUCAGCGUGACUAUGGAGGACCACUACCAUCUGUUCAGCGUGACUAUGGAGGACGGGACGACUACCAUCUGUUCAGCAGUGACUAUGGAGGACCUCCACCAUCUGUUCCGCGUGACUAUGGAGGACCACCAACAUCUGUUCAGCGUGACUAUGAAGGACCACCACCAUCUGUUCAGCGUGACUAUGAAGGACCACCACCAUCUGUUCAGCGUGACUAUGAAGGACCACCACCAUCUGUUCAGCGUGACUAUGGAGGACCCACGCCAUCUGUUCAGCGUGACUAUGGAGGACCACCACCAUCCGUUCAGCGUGACUAUGGAGGACUACCAGCAUCCGUUCAGGGUGACUAUGGAGGACUACCACCAUCUGUUCAGCGUGACUAUGGAGGACCACCAACAUCUGUUCAGCGUGACUAUGGAGGACCACCAACAUCUGUUCAGCGUGACUAUGAAGGACAACCACCAUCUGUUCAGAGUGACUAUGGAGGACCACCAUCAUCUGUUCAGCUUUACUAUGGAGGACCACCACCAUUUGUUCAGAGUGACUAUGGAGGACCACCACCAUCUGUUCAGCUUGACUAUGGAGGACCACCACCAUCUGUGACAUGGAAAUCAGCUCCCAGAUUGUUUAGUGGGGUCUGA